GAUCGUCUCGUGCAAUAGUAAUAAUAUUACUAUUAUUAUCAUUUGUAUUAUUAUUAUCGUCACAGUCGGCUGUAGUGGUCUGUCUUAUCGUUGGCACCGCAAAGACACUAUAGUACCUACCUACCACYGAAUGUCGUAUACAAUUAAAACAUAUUAUAAUAAUAAAAUWAAAAAAAAAAUAAUAGUAUAAUAUUCGUUUUUCGUAUAAUGAUAUUUAUUUCGGCCCGGUGACGGUCUCCAUCAAAUUUUCUCUCGACGCGCUGAUAAUUUCGCGACCAAUUCACUCCAUACUUCUGCAGAAUCGUACGACGACAAUAUUAUAUAAAACUAUUAUCAUCGUUUAGCUGUUAGUGUGUUUGUCGAAUUUGUACUGCGACUUGCGGUGUCUAAUCAAAGUCAUUCAUAACCACAMACAGACGUCAUGUUGCCGCGGAUUUUGGUGGCUGUUCAGGUAUUGCACGCCCUCGUGUUGGCUGAAAUCCUGAAACCCACCUGGCACCAGUAUUAUUACCCGGGACAUCAYGCUUACGGUAUACGGUAUUUUGAAAAGCUGGCUUCGAUGCGAGAGAACUUCCAGAAGGGAAUACCAUACAACAAGUUUAAGGUGUAUAAUUUCGAAUUUAUCGGUUUGCAGAACAUCGUUUGGGAACGAGUGGACCCGGGCAAAGCGGACAAAGAGAUGGCCAUGAGGCGAAUGGGCGAGGUGCAGACGUACGACAUGCACCUGAGGCCCAAAGGCAGCACGUUGCAUUUCCACGACGUGACGCCCCUGGACAAGGGCCUUUACAGGUGUCUGGCGUCGUCCGUGGACAGACUGACGGGUGAACCACAGACGGUGUUUCAAGACACUGACUUCUAUCCGGAUGUGGUCUGAGCCAAACGUUGCCCKCUGAUCAACCCUAGCUGAGGAACACGACAAUGAUGGUGACGAUGGCCACAGCUGUUUUGCAAGCGAGUGGCGAGACUGACAGUGUGACUCGUAUCGUCCUAAUAUAUUAUAAUAUGUAAUACUAUUAUUGUUAAGAUUCUGCUGUAGCGUCACAUACGUUGUAUUAUUUAUACUGUUUUUGUUAUAUCUAUUGCUAUCAUUAUUAUUAUUAUUAUUAUUAUUAUUAUUGAUAUCGAGAUCGUGAUCAUCGUCGCAUUACCAAAAAAUUCAGGGGCUGGUCUAGUAAUCAAAUAUUAGCGAGGGCCCAGACUCAAGAUGUGCACCCAUAUUAUGUAUAAUUCGUAUAAGUAUAGAUAAUCGUUCGUAGCUAUAUUAAAUAAGUGAUUAGCCACCGACAUAUAGAGUUUUGUAGGCACUGUUGAAUACUGAAUACGGAAUACUAACAUAAUAAUAUACGAUUUUACAUAAAAUAAUAUGUGGUAUAAAAUUUUAUCUAGAUAAUAUCAUAUAAUUUUACGAGCACGUAAAGUAUAGGUACCUACCUAUAUAUAAUAUGAAACAGUAUAUCUUCUGAGGGUGCCACCUCCAUAACCUGAACCACUAUACGAAUAUUGUGUUAUCGUUUACUCGAUAGUAUAAAUUUAUGUUUGUUAGACGAUUAAAAUAGUAGUGUCCGUUCGGUAACCACG